AUGGUCGGGACAGGGCGGGGGAAGGGGGGGCAUGGGCGGCUCUUCCUGCCCCUCGGCGUCGGAGAAGCAGCCGGGAGGGCUGUGGAGGAGGAGGAGGGUGGGUUUGUGGCAGGCAACGCGUGUCUAGGAGGACCGGGAAGAAAUUCAUCAAAUUCAAGUCUUCCCUACAAAGACUUUCAGCUUCAACAGAUGAACAUGUUUUCAGGAAAAAGGCUUUAUAUGGUAACACUCCCAACUUCCACUCACUCCUCUGCGGUUGGAGCUCCCGCAGCCCCGUGUGCUGAAGCCAGCAACUCUUCCGUGGAGGGGAGCAGGGCAAACCGGGAAACACCCCCGGCACCCGGAGCAGCUGCGAAACCUCAUCAUGGCACAGCCUGCAGAUUGAGGAAUGAGUGGGACUGUCGUCUCAAGUUAUAUGCAAGCACUUUCUCAGGGAGCACUCAACAACAUGGAGACCUCAGAGCCAUUAGAACUACUUUGGUCAGCAUCACAAGCAGAUCAGUAAUUGCUCUUAACUAUAUUUCCUUCCAGGGGCUGGGCCAGCUGCAGAGCCUCGACCUCAGCAACAACUCCCUGAGCGUGCUGAGGAAUGACACCCUGGCCCAGUUCCGGGGCCUGCCCGCCCUCCGGCGCAUCAGCCUGAGCCACAACACCUGGGUCUGCGACUGCGCCAUCGAGGACCUGGUGGCCUGGCUCAAGGAGAGCGACCAGGUGGAGGGUAAAGAAGCCCUGACCUGCUCCUACCCUGAUAAGAUGCUGGGCAAAGCCCUGCUGAAGAUCAACAGCUUGGACCUGAACUGCUCAGUGCCCAUAGACCUGCCUUCCCAGCUACAGACUUCGUAUGUCUUUCUAGGGAUAGUGCUGGCUCUCAUCGGAGCCAUUUUCCUCCUGGUUUUGUACUUGAACCGAAAAGGGAUCAAAAAGUGGAUGCACAACAUCAGAGAUGCCUGUAGGGAUCACAUGGAGGGCUACCACUACAGAUACGAGAUCAAUGCAGACCCCAGGUUAACAAACCUCAGCUCCAACUCGGACGUCUGA